AUGAGUACCGUGUAUGAACCUUCCACAGCGGUGGACCCGUUAAAGUCUAUUCUUCCUCUUCGUCGCACAUUAAAAACCAAUCAACCUAUAUUAAUAACUUCUGUGACUACAAAUUCUUCUCCUUCUCUUCUUAAUCAACUACAUAAAAUUUUUAAUGAGAUUAUCGAAGAAGGAACUACAUAUCCUCAAGAAUUCUUUCUUGAUUAUGAUGGUUUUAUUAACCUCUUUUUAAGUCAUAAUACUUUCGUUGUUUUUAAAGAUGAUGUUAAUGAAAAUGUUAAUGAAAAUUGGGAUGAUAAAAUAAUGGGUUAUAAAUCUAGUGUUUUUAAUUUAGUAUUUGAAAAUAAUAUUGCUUCUAUAAAACUUUGGAAAUCUCUUGGUUUUAAAGAAGUUGGUAAAAUACCUAAAGCUGGAAGAUUAAAAGGUUCCGAUAAAUUAAUUGAUGCAUUAAUGUUUUAUUAUGACUUUGAGGAAAAAAAUCAAAAAUUUUUAAAUAUUUUAUACUAA